AUGCUUCCCCAGGACCUUGCGGUUUGCGACUGCAGACGCUUCAUGAUGAGUGUUCAGACCCCAGGCACGCUCAUGAAGCAGGCAAUGCAGGCUCUGCUGAGAAAUGAGGACUUGGCCAUCUCUGCUCUGGACCAGCUGCCCAUGGAGCUCUUCCCGGCACUGUUCAAAGACGCCUUCAAAGGCAGACACACUAGGGUUGUGAAGGCAAUGGUGGCAGCCUGGCCUUUCCCCUGCCUCCCUGUGGGGACACUGAUGAAGACCCCCGACUUGGAAUCCUUCCAGGCUGUGUUGGAUGCAGUAGACAUGCAGCUGGCAAGAGAGUUUCACCCCAGGAGGGAGAAAAUUAAGGAGCUCGACCUCAGGAAAGUACGCCAUGACUUCUGGACCAUAUGGCCUGGAACAGAGGAUGCGGACUGCUCAUCAGAGACUGGGGAUGAGGAGAAAGUAGUGAAGGUCCUUCCCAGAUGUGCAGUGAGGCGGCGUCUAAAGGUCAUAGCUGACCUCUGCCUCAGAGUCCGACUGGACGAAGAGCAAGCAUAUUUCCUGCAGUGGGCGCAGCGCAGGAAAGGCUCCCUGCAGCUCUGCUGUGCCAAGAUGAAGAUCUGGGCUCUGCCUCUACGUACUGUCAAGGACAUCUUGACUGUUUUCCAUCCAUGGCACAUUGAGGAACUGCAACUGAACAUGGGCUGGGACGUGUCCACUCUGGCACGUUUUGCUCCCUACCUUGGCCACAUGAGAAAUCUUCGCAAACUCUCCCUGGCACGCAUCUACAAGAACAAAAUCCCAAUUGGCAACAGGACAGAAUACAGAGAAGACAAGUGUGUCAGGAAGUUGGUGUCUCAGUUCUCCAAACUGCACUGUCUGCAGCAUCUCUCCUUUACUGCAGUAUGUUUUCUUAGACAUCACAUAAAGCAGAUCCUCAAGUGCCUGAGGAACCCCUUGGAGACUCUCUCCAUCAAUGGCUACCGCCUGUCACAGUCAGACUUGAAUUGUUUCCCCUGUUGCCAAAGCCUGAGUCAGCUCAAACAUCUGGACCUGAGAGGUAUGGUCUUAUGGCCUUUAGAUCCUAUGCCUCUCCGACUUCUGCUAGACAAUGUGGCACACACUCUUCAGUCCCUGGACUUGCAGGGUUGUAGGAUGGAGGACUCUCAGCUCACUGUCCUCAUACCUGCCCUCAGCCGGUGCUCCCUGCUCACCAAGGUCAACUUGUACGACAACGACUUCUCUGUGCCCAUCCUGAAGGACCUUUUGCUGCACACAGCCAACUUGAGCAAGAUGAAUGAAGAGCUUUACCCGGUGCCUGUGGACUGCUACAAUGACCUUGGUUACAUGAUCCGUGAAAGAUUCCUUCACCUUUGUUCUGAGCUCAUGGAUACACUCAGGGCCAAGAGGCAGCCCAAGAGGAUCAUCUUUGCUACAAGUAGCUGCCAUAAAUGUGGUGUGCGUUGUGUCUAUGACCUUGGGCCCAUACUUUGUUCUUGCUUGCAUUAA